UCCCUUGGAGACCCAGGCUGCAUUGCGGUCCGCCGGGUCGGCAGGGGGCGCCGGGCGCCGACGGCGAGGCUUCGUGGUGGGUAUAGACUUCUGGAAGGUUCGGCUAUUAGGUUUCGGGCCGUGGCCAUGGGUCGGAGCCGGAGCAGGUCGCCGCGGAGGGAGCGUCGGCGGUCAAGGUCAACAUCCAGAGAAAGAGAGAGAGCCAGGCGACGUGAGCGAUCCAGAUCAAGAGAACGAGAUAGAGAGCGCAGAAGGAGUCGUUCAAGAUCACCUCACAGAAGGCGCUCAAGGUCUCCACGGCGGCAUAGAUCAAGUUCAGCAUCUCCUUCAAGGCAGAAAGAUCAGGAAACAAAAGAACAUGAGAUUUCAGAAGCAGAUAUGGAGGGGAAAACAGAGGAAGAAAUUGAAAUGUUAAAGUUGAUGGGAUUUGGUGCUUUUGACACUUCAAAGGGAAAGAAAGUGGAGGGUUCGGUUAAUGCUUAUGCUGUUAAUGUACAGCAGAAAAGAAAAUAUCGGCAGUAUAUGAACAGGAAAGGUGGAUUUAACAGACCUCUGGAUUUCAUUGCGUGACUUAUUUUAGGCCUGGACUGCCUGAUGAUGGCAUGUUUCUAACGUUAGGAGCUUGCCCUGCAAAAUACCUUAAUGUCAAUUUGCUUCCCAAAGAGCAUUCCUAUCCAGUUCAAAAGAGACUUUCGCCUAUCUUGAACAACACAUGCUUCAGUGGUUCACCACCAAGUGAAUGAUAAGACUUCUUGCACUAGUGUGCACUGCUGAUGAGGUGAUGUCUAUUGUUGGAAUUCACUAUGACCUGUUGCUGUUUGGGUGCCUAGGAUCAGCCAUCUUCAAAUAAAAUAUCACCAACAGCCUGCAAGUUUAUGCUUGAUAAAGCUUCCGUUUGAAUUUUAAUUCUGGACCAAUGUGUAUUGGAUAGGGGUAAAUGUGAGCAUUUGUGCAACACCACCUCUUAGCUGUUCGAUUUUUCCAACUACCCUUUUGUUGAGCUGUGUAAAUGAGACCCCUGAGAUUUGUAUUGUAAUGUAAGGCUAAAUCCCAAGAGAACCUGCAGAUUUUUGUAAACUUUCUAAAUCUAAGUUGGCUUGCAUUUUGUUGUAAUGGUGGAUAGCCUUUGUAUCAUUUUCAAUGGUUAAUAAAAAAAAAUUUAUCACUGUGAA